GACAAGGUUCCACAAAUUAAUGAAAAAGAGCUGGACCAAACCCGUGUUUUCUGAUGAAGCUUAACCAAUAAAUUUGCUGUGUUUGGAUAUAUAAAUGGGUCGAAUCAUUUGCUAAACAUCUACACUUAUUUUUCUUUUGAUUUGAUGUAAACCUAUACACCUACUCCUAAAUUUAUUUUCUGUUUCUUUUUUACUGUAUGAAUAUAUACACACUCAUUUAUCACAACUUUAGGCAUUAACUAUUUUUAAACUUAUAUUUGAUUUUUUUUUGUUUUCUCUGGUAUUCUUUUAUUAAAGUGUCGGUUUUUUUUCUUUGAUUUUGAAAUUUUCACGUUAUAUUUUUAUGUUAUUAAUUGCAUUAUUUUAUUUUCUUUAUGCAUAUUUUUUCCGACAAAAUACACACCAUCACAAAUAAAUAGAGGUAGAAAAUAUUUUUUGGGUGACACAAAUGUUUUCUUUGAUACAACUAUAUGACAUUAGUGAUCAUUAAUACAUAUACCCAAAAAAUAACUAAUGUGUGUAAGGAUUGAAGUAUUGCGUGUCCAUAUCGAACAAAGGAUUUAUUUGCCGUUAUGAAGGUUAGAAAUCACGUGAGUUGCGUGCUGCUUUCUGACACGUCCUUCUUCUUUUAGAACUACCACCGUGUACUGUACUCUCUCUCUCUCUCUAAUGGCUUUCGUGCUUCUUCUACUACCACUACUACACUACACCACCCUUCUUCAUUUCUCUUCAAUGGCAUCAUUAUUUGCAUUCUCAACUACUCUCUCCAAAUUCUUUUAAAAUAAACACCAAAAACACACUCUUUUCUUCACUCAUCCAUGGCUUCUUCUUUCAACAUUCUAGUAUUCUCGUACCUUGUCGUUUUCAAUUUCCAACUAAGUUACGCCAUUAAAGACAAAAAUGACCAAAACCCAGAUAAACUUUCCCUUCUUUCUUUCAAAGGGUCUCUUCAAAAUUCUCACUUUCUUUCUUCAUGGCACCGUUCAACUCCUCACUGUAACUGGGUUGGUGUUACAUGUCAACUCGGACGAGUCACUGAACUCCAACUUCCUUCUCUUUACCUCAGAAGUAACCUCUCUGUGUCUCUUUCGUCUCUGUCCUCUCUCUCGUCUCUCACUAUACUCAACCUCGAGGAUAAUCAAUUCUCCGGCGAAAUUCCCGGUGAACUUGGUGGCUUGUUUCAGCUAGGAACACUUGACCUCUCCGGCAAUGCACUCACUGGAGAAAUACCGGAGAGUUUUGGAAACUUGACAAGACUUCAGUUUCUUGACCUUAGCAACAAUUUUUUCUCAGGUUCUCUUCCGAUUACUCUCUUCACCGGAACACUCUCUUUGAUUUCUGUUGAUAUUUCAAACAACUCGUUUUCCGGCGAGCUUCCGGCGGAAAUUGGAAACUGGAAGAACCUCACUGCACUUUACAUUGGGUUAAACAAGUUGUCUGGUACAUUGCCUAAGGAAAUUGGUAAGCUUUCGAGGCUAGAAAUUUUGUAUUCACCUUCUUGUUUGAUCGAAGGUCCAUUACCUGAAGAAAUGGAAAACCUUGAAUCGUUGACUAAACUUGACCUUUCUUAUAACCCUUUGAGAUGUUCAAUUCCAAAGUUUAUAGGGAAGUUGAAAAAAUUGAAAAUUUUGAACCUUGUUUUUUCUGAGCUUAAUGGGUCAAUUCCACCUGAGUUAGGAAAUUGUUCAAAUUUAACUUCUGUGAUGCUUUCUUUCAAUUCUCUUUCUGGUUCACUUCCUCAAGAGCUUUCUCAGCUUCCUAUAAAAACAUUUUCAGCUGAAAAGAAUCUUCUUCAGGGAGCUUUGCCUUCUUGGCUUGGAAAAUGGGCUAAUGUUGAUUCUCUGUUGCUUUCUGCUAACCGUUUUUCUGGUGUGAUUCCACCUGAGCUUGGGAAUUGUUCUGUGAUGGAGCAUCUCAGUUUGACUAGUAACUUGUUGACAGGUUCUAUACCUGAGGAGCUUUGUAAUGCUGCUUCACUUUUGGAGAUUGAUCUUGAUGAUAACUACCUUAGUGGUACAAUUGAGAAGGCUUUCGUUAAUUGUAAGAAUCUUACUCAAUUGGGUUUGAUGAACAAUAAGAUUGUUGGUUCUAUCCCUAAUUACCUUUCUGAGCUUCCUUUGAUGGUGUUGGACUUGGAUAACAACAAUUUUAGUGGACAGAUACCUUCUAGUUUGUGGAAUUCAUCAACCCUGAUGGAAUUUUCUGCCUCUAAUAACCACUUAGAGGGUUCUCUACCUAUGGAGAUUGGGAAUGCAGUUAUUCUGCAAAGGCUUGUUCUUAGCAACAAUCGUUUGAUAGGUACUAUUCCUAAGGAAAUUGGAAGUCUUUUGAGUCUCUCAGUUUUUAAUUUGAAUGGAAACAUGCUUGAAGGAAACAUUCCGAGUGAGCUUGGUGAUUGCAUUUCACUCACUACAUUGGACCUUGGAAACAAUCAGCUCAAUGGCUCUAUUCCUGAGAAAUUGGUGAAACUAAGUCAAUUACAGUGCCUAGUUCUUUCUCACAAUAAUCUCUCGGGCUCUAUACCUGCCAAAGAAUCUUCCUAUUUUCGACAGCUUACCGUUCCUGAUUUAAGUUUUGUUCAACACAUUGGUGUGUUGGAUCUUUCGCACAAUCAAUUGUCCGGCACCAUCCCUGACGAAUUAGGAAACUGUGUAAUGGUUGUUGAUCUGUUGCUAAGCAACAACUUACUUUCUGGUAGCAUUCCAAGAUCAUUCUCGCGAUUGACAAAUCUAACAACUUUAGAUUUGUCUGGAAACUUGUUGUCAGGUACCAUUCCACUUGAGCUUGGAGAUGCUGUAACACUCCAAGGUUUAUAUUUGGGACAGAAUCAACUCUCCGGUACAAUCCCUGAAAAUUUUGGAAAGUUGACUCGUUUGGUGAAGCUGAAUUUGACAGGAAAUAUGCUGCAUGGUCCAAUUCCAAUCAGUUUUGGGAACAUGAAGGAAUUGACUCACUUGGACUUGAGCUAUAAUGAGCUAAUUGGUGAGCUUCCAUCCAUUAUGUCGGGUGUGCAAAGUCUAGUUGGUCUUUAUGUGCAGAAUAACAGGCUUUCAGGCCAUGUCGGCGAGCUUUUCUCAAACUCCAUGACAUGGAGGAUUGAGACAAUGAAUUUAAGUUGCAAUUUCUUCGACGGGAACUUGCCAUGGUCUUUGGGAAAUCUUUCCUACUUAACAAUUUUGGAUCUUCACAGAAAUCUGUUGACCGGAGAGAUUCCUUUAGACCUAGGGAAUCUAAUGCAACUUGAGUAUUUUGAUGUUUCAGGUAAUCAAUUAUCCGGAAAAAUUCCAGAGAAGCUAUGCAGCCUAGUUAAUUUGAACUACCUAGAUUUGUCUCAAAACAGAUUGGAAGGGCCUAUUCCUAGAACUGGUAUUUGCCAAAACCUAUCAAGAGUUAGAUUUUUGGGAAACAGGAACCUUUGUGGCCAGAUGUUGGGAACAAAUUGUGAGGUCAAAAGCAUCGGUAGAUAUACAUUGUUUAAUGCAUGGAGGCUUGGUGCAAUUGCAAUCACAGUCAUACUAAUAACCUUGAUCUUUGCUUUUCUUCUGCAUAGAUGGAUUAGCAGAAAGCAAAAUGAUCCUGAGGAACUCGAGGAUCGGAAACUGCACAGUUAUGUGGAUCAAAAUCUUUACUUCCUGAGCAGUAGCAGAUCAAAGGAACCUUUGAGUAUCAAUGUAGCAAUGUUUGAGCAGCCUCUUCUGAAGUUAACCUUGGUUGAUAUCCUUGAAGCUACAGACAAUUUCAGCAAGACAAACAUAAUCGGAGACGGAGGUUUCGGAACUGUGUACAGGGCCACUUUACCAAAUGGAAGAACGGUUGCUGUGAAGAAGCUUAGUGAAGCUAAAACGCAGGGUCAUCGUGAGUUCAUGGCUGAAAUGGAAACCUUGGGAAAGGUAAAGCAUCAAAACCUAGUUGCAUUGCUUGGUUAUUGCUCAAUGGGUGAGGAGAAACUCCUUGUUUAUGAAUACAUGGUAAAUGGAAGCUUAGACCUUUGGUUGAGAAACAGGACCGGGGGACUCGAAAUCCUCGACUGGAACAAACGUUACAAAAUCGCGACUGGUGCAGCAAAAGGAUUAACUUUCCUCCAUCAGGGUUUUAUACCUCACAUCAUUCAUAGGGAUGUUAAAGCUAGCAACAUUUUACUAAAUGAAGAUUUUGAGCCAAAAGUUGCUGAUUUUGGACUAGCAAGAUUGAUCAGUGCAUGUGAGACUCAUAUCACAACUGAUAUUGCUGGAACAUUGGGUUACAUUCCACCAGAGUAUGGACAGAGUGGAAGAUCAACAACACGAGGUGAUGUCUAUAGUUUCGGUGUCAUUUUACUUGAAUUGGUGACCGGGAAAGAGCCGACAGGACCAGAUUUCAAAGAGAUUGAAGGUGGAAACUUGGUUGGAUGGGUUGGUCAGAAGAUCAAGAAAGGACAGGCUGCUGAAGUCCUCGAUCCUACAGUUCUCGAUGCGGAUUCUAAGCAGAUGAUGCUUCAAAUGCUUCAGAUUGCUUGUGUCUGUCUCUCUGAUAAUCCUGCAAACAGGCCUACCAUGUCUCAAGUGCACAAAUUCUUGAAGGGGAUGAAAGGUGGUAUCAGAAUUAACUAGUUUUAAUUAAGUCCUCGUAGCUGAUGUAGUAUUAAUAGUUGUUUAUUAACUGCAAACUUUUUCUAACACAAGCUUAGAGCUGAAUAAUCUAAUAUAGACUGUGCUCAUUGGAAGUUCUUGUUUGCAAAAUAAUUCAUAUUUCAAAUGUUGACAAAGAUGUAGCUCUUGCAUAAUCUGAGGAAUAUCUUGUUUACUCAGCCUAAUGAAGAAUGUAGUGAAAUAUAAAUUCAGCUUGUUG